AUGGCUCCAUUACUUCAAUUCGACGUCAUGGCGAGAGUUGCCCAACACAUGGAGCUUUGGGAAUGUCUCCGAAUGGGACGUAUGAACAAGAGACUAAACAGUGCGGUCUUCAACCACGCCGUAAGAUACGUUUUCGAGAAUCCGCAUCGAUACCGUGCUCUUCAGCCGGUUGAGUAUGCUUUUGUAACUGGUAAUCUUGGCCUGUUGACUACCCUUCGUGAUAUAAUAGUCACAAGUAAUGUGAGAGUUCCAGAGGGCUGGUCGUACACAGUGGACUUUGGUUCGGUUGUGCGAGAAUUUCUCUACUUCGAAUCUAUGCUGCAAUGCCUCCGGAACCCCGAGGGCCCUAGAUGCUUUGAACUUAUUAUCGACACGGCUAUUUCGACAGGCACGGUGCCUUCCCUAGACAUCUGGGGCAUAAAUAGUCCUUCGAUGUUACUAGGAAAUUCCAUAAAAUACAACCGUGUGGACGCCGUCCAAAUUAUUCUCAGACGGCGAUCAGAACUUGGCCUUGGUAAUUUCUUGGAAGAGAUGUGCUAUUCACACAUUAAUGUAAUCGAUGGUUUUGUUUCCCAGUAUCAUCUCACGGAAGAAAUGGUCCGAUGUCUUAUUGUCGGUACUGAUAUGUCAUUUCAUGACGCCUGCCGCUUAACAUUUAUAGAUGCCAUCGAUUAUAUUCUUAGGAAUACCCCAGAGUUGGCCCACAAUCCCCAAGAAGUGUUAUACGGGUUUGAUCAUCUUAUUCAGUCCCCAUCAUGGUUUCGCAAUCCGCAUGAAGGAGCUCGAAGUAUUGCGAGAUGCAUUACUUUGCUCAACAGGUAUUAUCGGACCAGGUCCCCAACAGCGGUCCCUAUCCAGGUAGUAGACAAUUUGCUAAAUCGAGCUUGGAGAGUGCUUAACCCGAUUAUAAGAUACGAACUAGGUGUUGGUGCCUCAAAUACCGCAACCCAAGAUCAAUUGUUGGACACAAUGGCUGCGUCUCCGUCGUGCCAGCAAUAUCAUAGAUUGCUCGAUGUCAUCAUCGACUUGCAUCCAAUGCUUUCAAAUAUUCCGAAACGGAACGCCAAUCAUACUGUGCGGUUAGGACAUGUACGUUUUGUUGAUCUUGUUCGUCGAGACAAUGUUGGCCUUCCCCUGAUUUUCAGCUGGAAUAGUCACGAUAGAAGUAUUUUCAACAGGGACCAAGAGUAG